GUUCUAGGCAUAUCGUUGGUUGGACUAUUCAUUCGAGUCCUUCGAAACUGUCUCGAACAUUGUAACGAUCGUUGGUUAACCGUUAAAUUUGAAAACUCUUACGAAAUGCGAGCAUAAAUUGAUUUAGCACGGCAGGAAAGAAAAGAUUCUCCUUUAAAACGAUAGAUCGGAAAAUAAAUGUUCGAUCCGCUGUAAUUAUGUCGUAGUUAUGUGCCCAUUUGUUAAUACGUUCAACGACGGGUUAAUGUACAACGUACGUGUACCCGUACACGUAUAUUGUCAUAUUUUGCGGAUGCAUAGAUGCAUGGAUACAUAGACAGAUACAUAAAGAAUGAGUCGGAUACAUAAAGAAUGAGAGCGUUAGAACGUCAUGUAGGUGUGAGAUGCGGUGGGGUGACGGUGUCACCGAAGAAAAGUCGAGGGAGGGGUCAACCGAUGGCAAUCGGUAUAAAAUCCACGCUAGCGAAAUGCUAGGACACGCAGUCGUUGGAGAAGAAGCAUCGAAACGAUAUUCGCCAUUUCAUCGAUAUGGAUUGUAAAAUUAUCAGUGUUCUGGUCACUUUCCUCGCCGUAGCCCGUGCAGGAAUAAUCGGGUCAAACGCGGGACUAAUUGCUCCUGCCGCAACCACGGUAGCAGCAGCUCUUCCACCGGCUGCAGUCGUCAGAACUGAAAAUUACGAUCCAAAUCCUCAAUACAGUUUCAGUUACAGCGUUGCCGACGGUCUCACUGGCGACAACAAGGCGCAAGAGGAAACUCGCAACGGCGACGUCGUUCAGGGUAGUUACAGUUUAAUCGAGCCAGAUGGUUCCCGACGAGUGGUGUCUUACGCGGCCGAUCCCAUAAACGGUUUCAACGCUAUCGUUCAGAAGGACCCCAGCAUCACGGUGAAGACCGCGGUCGCCGCUGCACCGGUGCGUCCCGUGGCUGCGGCCGCCCCCGCCGCCGCCGCCGUCGCUGUGCGUCCUCAGGCUGCGCUACUCGGAGGACAAGCCCUGUUGAGACAACCGUUAUUGACGUCCAACUUAGUGGCCGGUAACGCGGGACUGGUAGGCCUUGGUUUGGGACUUGGCCUCGCACCAGGUUCUCUCUACGGUACGCAGGCUCUCCUAGCAGGAGCUUACGGGGCCGGAGGCAUCGUUAAAGUUCACUAAGUAACGCGGCGAGACGCGACUUAACUCGGCGGCUCGUUUCAAACCGACUCGGCGCCACUGUUUCGUUUCUCUGAACUUUGCUCCGCUUUGUUCCCUCGCCUGUUCGUCAUCGAGCACCGAACACGCUUCGAAAUCCGUAUGAUCGUUUGCGCGCGCGCGUCUUCCUCCGCGAAAAUAUAACGCGACGCGUAAUUUCUCCAUUCUUUUAUCCUAUAAUUCUCUCUUUCUCUCCGUAAUGGUCGAUCGGUUUAUAAAUUCGGAAACGCCUUGAAAAUUUCGCUUCGAUGCAUCGAUUCGUUACACCAAAUAAUCGAUAGACUCGCGUUUCGCUUUCGACCACGCGUCACGCGCAAAUCAUCACGGAUUAACGUGUUCGCGUGAGAAAAAUUACCGUUUCUUUAACGACGAUCUACGGUCACCUAUCGAACGUCGCAACGAAUUCAUUGUCCGCACAUUACACGCCAUGCACCACGUACCAUGUACCGCGUACCACCUACCACGCGCACCACGCGCACCACGCGAACGCAUCGAUUUCGUUUACUCGCUUCUUUUCGUACCUACAUCGUGACGCACGUCGAAGGACAAAGCUGAGAUUAUAUCGAUGAAGAUAUAUAUUCAUAUAUAUAUAUAUAUACAUAUAUAUGUAUCUAUUUGCAAUAGCGUAUUCGCGCAUGCAUUCUGUGACAUGAGAUAUUUACACGUUACGUAAUAACAGUACAUUUUCCGUGGAUCAUACGACGAAUCUCGCAGGGGGACGAAAAAUGAAUUAUUUGCCGAAUCACGAGAACGAGGCAAACUUUUACGUUUCCUUUCACGCGGUUAUCACGACUUUUUCAUUUUCGAUCGUUCCUCAUUUACGUGGAUCUCCAAAGAUGGAAAUUGCGUACGCGAGAUUGAGGCGACGAAACGUACGCGUUACUUUAGUUUACAACGUUUAGAUAUUUAAUUAAGUUGGCGCUGCGUUUCUAUCGGAUAUGUAAGUUUAAUUGCUUCCCUGCCAGCCCCUGCCCCACGCCCCUUGCCCCAGUUCUUUUUCCUUUAUUUUGUAAACAAAAGUACCGACAUUGGAUGAAAAAAUAAAUCUAUUAUUUAGCAACGGUUUCGUACUUUAAUAUUCACCCUGCGAGAUCGAAAUUACCCCUGUUAUUCGGUAUGAAACGAUUCGAAUAAAGAGAAAGUAGAUUGAAAAGUUCAUCGGUAAUUUAUCGAUGUUACAGAAGCGAACGAUGCGCGUUUUCGAAAAACGCACGAAAGAACGUAUCUUCUCUCUCGACCUGGAUUAACUACCACGUUUCCCAAGCAACCUCGAAAAAUCGUGCACUGUAUACUCGAAAACUAUGCCGGUUACUGGUUACCGAAUUCGAUAGCGGCACUCUGGAAAUACUGCGAACACGAUGUACGAUACGAGAUCGGUAUCGCGAAAACUCGUCGACGUUUCUUUAAGCGUUCUCGCCUGGUGCAGUCAGAUGUACGGUAUACGAGAUCUUAUUCGAUUCCUGUUCAUUAUUCUAACGAGUAACGUUAGACCGUCCCCGAAUGUAUCGGCGAAUAAUAAACGGAAACUGCGGUUCGGAUAAAAGUAACGUUUCGACGAAGCUUUGUAAUUACGAAAAUGAUCAAUAAAUUGAAUCUUUCUAUAUUUCGACAAAAUAUUAAUUCUAUAUUUCUCCAUGUCCCUGCACGGAAAUUUCGAAAAUUUCCAAAGUGCGCAUCGUAUCAAACGAUAAGGUACCGAGUUAUUUUUUAUUUAUGGAAUACCGUGUCGAGUUUUUUCAGAUUAUUUCUUAUUUCUUAUUUUUACAAAGUCGUAGUAAACGAGCGAAACGUACUUUUAAGUACCGCUAUCACUGCACCCUGCACUGCAUAAACCGACACGUCGCGCCAUCGGUCGUCGAAACUUGCAACUAAUCGCUUACAUACACCUCGUUACACAUACCGUAUGCAUGCGCACGAACUUUAUUCACGAUCGUAUAUGAACACUACAUUGAACUCUAUAGUAACUGGAGUGUAAACUAUUGAA